AUGGAUGAGGAUCAACUUCUUUCAAUACCAUCAAGUAGUAGCAAGAAGAAUAGAAGCGAUAGCGAAGAUUAUUUAUCAGAAGCUGACAAUCUUUCUGGUAUAUUUUCUCUCUCACAUCACAGCAUGUCUCCACUAUCGAGUGAUAACAACACUACUGACCGAUCUAAAAUAUGUCGAUAUUGCUUAUCAGAUAAUGAUUUUGGUGAUUGGUUAUCGCCAUGUAAAUGUGUCGGAACGAUGAAGUGGGUUCAUAUGAGCUGCUUUAAGCAGUGGCUUUUCCAAGCCCCAGGAAUGAAGAAAUAUGACUGCGAAAUUUGCCAUUAUGUUUACCGCCGUCGAUGGAGUUUAAAGCCUUAUAGUCAAUGGCAUUGGCCACAUUUACAUUUACGAAUUAGUGACAUACUGCAGAUAUACAUUGAUAUAGUUUUAACAUAUCGCUUAUGUCGUUAUUUACCUUGUUGUUUUAAUAGCGGUUUUGCAUUUUUUCUUUAUGGUAGCUAUGCACUGUGGUGGAAACUUUUCGUUUGUAAGUUUUGUUAUGCAGAAGGAACUGGUAUGAAGGGUUGGCUACGACCUUGUAAAUGUUCGGGCUCUAUGCUGUGGGUACAUAAGAAAUGUUUUAAUUUGUGGAUGCGAAAAGCAUCCACUGAAAAUAGAUUACAGUGUCAAAUAUGCAAAUUCAAGUACCGAAGAGUACUGUUUAUCAAAUCAUGGAAGGACUGGUCUAUUCCUGAUCUGCAUUUAUCAGUAUUCCAAAUGGUAGAGUUAAUGGUCGAUGUUUACUUCGUAUAUCGAAUAAAAUGUGGCUACACAUGUUAUUCAACUUCCAUAUUGGGAAAAAUCUUUCAAACUUCUUACAUUCUUCACCGAUUUGGAUUUUAUACGCGUACUUUAUCUGCUAUUGCAUCGACUUUUUUUGGUGUCGUAAUUAUAAAUGCUUUUUAA